GCGCCAAAGGGUUUUUUCCGGCCGAGCCGAACGGCCGCUGCGAGCGGAGGCGCCAUCUUGGAAGGGACAAAAACUCCGGCGACGACGAGUGACAUAAACAGACCUCCCCCCCUUCCCCCGCCCCGGAUCCCAGCCCCCCAGCGCCGAGGGCCGCGAUGUUGUACCUAGAGGACUAUCUGGAGAUGAUCGAGCAGCUGCCUAUGGACCUGCGCGACCGCUUCACCGAGAUGCGCGAGAUGGACCUGCAGGUGCAGAAUGCAAUGGAUCAACUAGAGCAGAGAGUCAGUGAAUUCUUCAUGAAUGCAAAGAAAAAUAAGCCGGAAUGGAGGGAAGAACAAAUGACAUCCAUCAAAAAAGAUUACUAUAAAGCUUUGGAAGAUGCAGAUGAGAAGGUGCAGUUGGCCAAUCAGAUCUAUGACUUGGUAGAUCGACAUUUGAGAAAGCUGGAUCAGGAAUUGGCUAAAUUUAAAAUGGAGCUAGAAGCAGACAAUGCCGGAAUUACAGAAAUAUUGGAGAGACGGUCACUGGAACUAGAUACACCUUCACAGCCUGUAAAUAACCACCACGCCCAUUCACAUACUCCGGUGGAGAAAAGAAAAUACAACCCAACCUCACAUCAUGCGACAGCAGAUCACGUUCCUGAAAAGAAGUUUAAAUCCGAAGCUCUCCUAUCCACUCUCACUUCAGAUGCCUCUAAAGAAAAUACACCAGGAUGCCGAAACAAUAAUUCAUCAACCUCUUCCAACAAUGCUUACAAUGUGAAUUCCUCUCAGCCAUUGGCAUCCUAUAACAUUGGCUCGUUAUCUUCAGGCACUGGCGCUGGGGCUAUUACCAUGGCAGCGGCUCAAGCAGUGCAGGCCACGGCCCAGAUGAAAGAAGGCAGAAGAACGUCAAGUUUAAAAGCCAGCUAUGAAGCUUUUAAGAAUAAUGACUUUCAGCUAGGAAGAGAAUUUUCAUUAGCCAGAGAAUCGACUGGCUAUUCAUCAUCAGCAUUGGCAUCUACGUUAACACAGACACUUUCAUCAACAACAGACUCCCGCAGUGGCCGAAAAAGCAAAAGUAACAACAAGUCUUCAAGCCAGCAGUCGUCAUCGUCCUCAUCCUCUUCCUCCUUGUCGUCGUGUUCAUCGUCAUCGGCCCUCGCACAAGAACUGUCUCAACAAACAGCAGCAAUACCCGAGUCCGACUCAAACAACCAGGUGGAUUGGACUUACGACCCCAAUGAGCCACGUUACUGUAUUUGCAAUCAGGUAUCCUAUGGUGAAAUGGUGGGAUGCGAUAACCAAGAUUGUCCUAUAGAAUGGUUCCAUUAUGGAUGUGUUGGAUUGUCAGAGGCACCAAAAGGAAAAUGGUACUGCCCACAAUGUACUGCUGCAAUGAAGAGAAGAGGCAGUAGACACAAAUAAAAUUUUGACCUUCAGUCAAAAACAAAAACUUCACGCUAAAUUUUUUUUUACAGGACUUAAACUAUCACAUUUCCUGGUAACCACUUAAGGGAUAGGCAGUCUUAUAAGAUCAUGAACUAUUCAUUUUACUAGUCGUGUUUUAAUAAUGUAAGUAAAUUAUUUAUGCACUUCUGGUGUGUUACAAAUACUAUUCCAGUUAGCCUUGGAAUAUUUCACUGGCCAACAUAUGCAGACAUUUGCUCUCUCCAACCGUUUUCUCAAGGUAACGGGCAUUCUGUGAUUUAGGCAUCGAAGAAUUCCAACGACGAAGAUUCGAAGAGAAGUAUUUUAUAUUCAACAGGUAUAUUCUGCUGCAUGUCCUGAGCUGUACUCCAGAGCUGUCCUGUAACACUAUGUAUAUAAGCGGUCGCAGAAAACGUCAGUGCUUCGAAAAAGAUAAUGGUUUUUAAAAUGCCUUUAUAGCUUUGUUUCUUUGUGAAACUAAAUUCAGCAGGCUGAAGAAAAUGGUUCAUGAAUAAAAUGGGCUGGUGUCCUCUAGAGUACUCGGGUACAUAAACAGAAACUCCUGUAGAGUAAAAUCUAAUCUGUGCCAUUAUAGUCUUUAUAUGUUUCUGCCCCCAAAGAUGGGGCAGUUCAUGAGGCAGGGGUGGGGUGAUGGGGGGAGGGGGGUGUUAAAAGUGAUAAAUUUUUAUACCAAAUGUGUUUAUUUUUUUGUGCGAGUAAUCCUUAAAAUUGGAAUUGUAUUAGGUGUUCAAAUAAAACAUUUUUUAAAUUGCUGGUAUUUAUGAUUUACCUGCUUAUAGAAAUCACAGUGAAAAUGUCUGAAGUCCAAAUCCCUUUUUACUUUACUUCCUGUUUCUGAGAAAAGUUAGCGACUGAAGACACAGCCUGCUCUGAAGUUGUCUGUUUUCCUAUUAUUUGGAAUCGAUGAUAUGAAAAUGCGGGGGUGGGGGGGAGGGGAACCUUUUAAUAUACAUUUUAAUGCAAAUGUAUUUUUGUAGGAUCUGCUUCAGGCUAUUAUGUCAUAGUCUGAGGGAGAAAAGAGAAAUUGGUAGCUAUUGAUAAAAUAAGAAAGGUGGUCAGAAAUUCCAACCCUUGAGAAAAUGUGGUCUGAAUGAACCUGGUGUUAAAACUAGGUUCUAGUUCUGAUUCUGUCGUCGAAUUGAUUUCAGCCAGGUUGGCCUAAAGCCGCUCUAAGCUUCCGUUUCCCUCUGUCAGAAUUGAGGUGUUACUCCUCCCUUCGUCUCAAAGACGAGAGGUCGGAUCUGUGACUGUCCAACAGAAUUCUGAAGCUCCAGAGUGAGCGCUGGUUUAAUUCUAAAUUUAGUUGUUGGGGAAGGGGUGGUUGGGUUCUGGAUUGGUGGAAAUUACCUUUAGAGUGGAAAAACCUUUAGAAAAAAAAAACCGUCUGUGGCAUUGUUAUUUUCCGAUACUGUCGAUAUUGGAAGCCUUUUUUAACCCUUCAGUAAAGAAUCCCGUAAAGUUUCCUAGGGGUUGCCCUUGAAGAACGUCAACGCUGCCCUGGCCACACAGUACAACCGGUUUGAGCUCGUCUGUGUACGAGAACCGACUUUCCUUUCAAGUGAGUUUUGUUCGUAGCCAGCCUUGAUGGCUCCCCGGCAUUAUUCGGUUACGCCAUCCAACUCAUUGGUUCUCUGAUCCUUGGUGAUAGGUUAAGGAUUCCUGCCCGGUCCACCGCUACUCGUUGUAAUGAAGCCCUCCCUUGGGCUGUGGUGAGCAGUCCCAGCUGCGCCACAUUAAUAGUAAUAAUGACCCGGUGGUACUUGUUUUAAGAGCUUCCUGUGUGCCAAGCACUGUACUAAGCACGGGGGUAGAUGCGCGACUAUCAGGUCAGAGUCCCGGAUCACACUCGCGGUCUAAGCGGGAGCGAGAACGGGUUUCGAAUCGCCAUUUUCCAGGUUAGGAGGCUGAGGCUCCCAAGGCCACACAGCAGGCAAGUGGCAGAACUGGGAUUAGAACCCUGGUCUGGGACUCCCGAGCCCCUGCACUUUCCACUAGGCCACGCUGCUUCCCACCCCGCUCCAGCCACUGGAGGCAUUUUGAGUGGGUGCAUCUCUCUCGUUCACUAGAUCAAUUAUAAAAAUGGAAAAAAAAAAAAAUCACACUUUGUCAAGGGUGGACGGUUGGAAGUUGAGGCUUCGAAAUCUAUGACCUUUGAAUCGGGCUGUACUUAGCAACUUCUGUCUCCUGAUCUUUCAUUUGGAAUUCCGGGAUGGUUUUUGUUCCAAGCGAAUGUACGACGUGAUCUUGUAAACCAAAAGUUUGUGAACCUGGUUGGUAAUGGCAAUGCCCUCGUUAGAGCCGAUCAUUAUAUAUGCACAUAUAUAAUGGGGCCCAGAAUGGAGCUACCUCAGCCCAGGACACGUGCCCCGCUUGUGCAACGUGAGACACUGAGGAGCACACUGGGUUUAUCUGGUAUUGUAAAGUGCACAUUCAGACUCUCUAAUGUAUACAAUUUUAUGUUAAACUUGAUACUACAAAACAAUCCAAACGUGGUCAGAUCAUCAUUUUUAGGUAGUGAAAAUUGAGGCCUUACUGCCAUGGAGUGUAUAAGAAACUGUUCGUAGUGACGUAUUUGAAGCAAUAAAUGGCUUGAUUCAAUUUCUUAAAUGAACCCGAGUGUUUGAUCACCAUGAAAUGCUGUUAUUUUACAAAGAUAUUUGACUGUUGAAUAUUUUUCUUUCCUUUCGUGGAGAAAGGCAGGAGAAGAGUCGGUCAUCCAAAAAUAGCCCUUUUAAAAAUCCUUCAACGUGGAUCUUAGCGGUCACCGCCUUGGAUUUUUUCGUUGAUAUUUUUGUUUGAGUGGGGAUCUGGGGACUCGGGUCCUGGAAAGUGCAACCGUAACAUAAGCUCAGUGAAAUCUGAGCUCGUUUGGCUUCAGGCCAGGAUGGUAAUGUGGGCAUGCGAAUAAGAUAUUUGAUUUUUCUGGACCAUAAUUGACUGUAAUACUCCCGAUUUGUUCAUAUACUGCGAUGCUGUAUUUUAAAUGCACUGGAACCUUAAAAGGUAGAUUUGAGAGAAAUAAAAUCCUCAAAAUAA